UUUGGUCGCUCUCUUUUGUUUUUCAGGACCAGAUUAUGGGCGACAGUCCUUUUAAUUGAUCUAUCAUCAUGGCUAAUGAGGGCUAUCCCAAGGCUGGUGAUAGUCCUUUUUCAUCAGAUAAACAUGCCCAACUCAUCUUGGCCCGGAUCAGUAAAAUGAGAAGUGAACAGCAUUUCUGUGAUGUGCAGUUGCAAGUUGGGAAGGAAACCUUUAAAGUUCACCGGCUGGUUUUGGCUGCCAGUAGUCCUUACUUUGCAGCUUUGUUCUCUGGAGGAAUGAAAGAGUCCUCAAAGGAUGUUGUACAGAUUCUAGGAAUUGAAGCUGGAAUCUUUCAAAUACUUCUAGAUUUCAUUUACACAGGUAUAGUGAACAUAGGUGUGAAUAAUGUGCAAGAGUUGAUUGUUGCAGCAGACAUGCUACAGUUGACUGAAGUUGUUAAUCUUUGUUGUGAAUUCCUGAAAGGACAAAUUGAUCCACUGAACUGCAUUGGGAUAUUUCAGUUCUCUGAGCAGAUUGCCUGCCAUGAUCUUUUGGAAUUCACGGAAAACUACAUUCAUGUCCAUUUCUUAGAGGUUCAUAGUGGGGAAGAGUUCCUGGCACUUACAAAAGAUCAGCUGAUCAAAAUUUUGCGGAGUGAAGAGCUUAGCAUUGAGGAUGAAUACCAGGUCUUCCUAGCUGCAAUGCAGUGGAUUCUGAAAGAUCUGGGAAAGAGAAGAAAAUAUGUGGUGGAAGUGCUAGACCCAAUUCGAUUCCCUUUGUUACCUCCUCAGAGGCUUUUAAAGUAUAUAGAAGGAAUAUCUGAUUUUAAUCUUCGUGUUGCAUUGCAAACACUUUUGAAAGAGUACUGUGAGGUGUGCAAAUCUCCCAAAGAGAACAAGUUCUGUAGUUUCCUGCAGACAUCUAAGGUUCGACCUCGGAAGAAAGCAAGAAAGUACCUGUAUGUAGUAGGUGGAUAUACUCGGUUGCAGGGAGGUCGUUGGAGUGACAGCAGAGCCCUCAGCUGUGUGGAACGUUUUGACACUUUUAGCCAGUACUGGACCACUGUGUCUUCACUUCAUCAGGCUCGAUGUGGGCUGGGAGUAGCAGUUCUGGGAGGGAUGGUCUAUGCUAUUGGAGGUGAAAAGGAUUCAAUGAUUUUUGACUGUACAGAAUGCUAUGAUCCAGUUACUAAACAGUGGACAACUGCAGCUUCAAUGAAUCACCCCCGCUGUGGCUUAGGAGUGUGUGUGUGUUAUGGGGCUAUCUAUGCUUUGGGUGGAUGGGUUGGAGCUGAGAUAGGGAACACCAUUGAACGAUUUGAUCCUGAUGAAAAUAAAUGGGAAGUAGUUGGCAACAUGGCUAUGUCACGCUACUACUUUGGGUGUUGUGAAAUACAAGGUUUAAUUUAUGUAAUUGGGGGCAUCAGCAAUGAAGGAAUAGAGCUUCGUUCUUUUGAAGUUUAUGACCCGCUUUCCAAGCGCUGGUCUCCCCUUCCUCCAAUGGGAACGAGGAGAGCAUAUCUUGGGGUGGCCACACUCAAUGACUGCAUCUAUUCUAUUGGAGGGCGGAAUGAGACACAAGAUGUUCUUCACACUGUUGAAAAAUACUCCUUUGAAGAGGAAAAGUGGGUUGAAGUUGCCUCAAUGAAAGUGCCUAGAGCAGGCAUGUGUGUUGUGGCAGUCAAUGGGCUUCUGUAUGUUUCUGGAGGUCAGUCUUCCAGCCAUGAUUUUUUGGCCCCAGGUACUUUGGACUCAGUUGAAGUGUAUAACCCUCAUUCAGAUACAUGGACAGAAAUUGGUAACAUGAUCACCAGUCGUUGUGAAGGAGGUGUUGCUGUCCUAUGAAAUAAAAAGCAUAAGAGAGCACAAGAAACAUUUGAAAAUACAGGAUCUGACCUUCUGCAAGUUACAUAUGUAUUUGGUGACAGGACCUUCUGAUUUUAUUGAGUUUUCCAUGUAUUUGAUAGAUAAAAUGACUAUAGAAUGAUUUUUCUAAGAAUUUGACUAAGAAUGGACAUGGAAUAUAUCCUAAAUUAAUAAAGAGCUCACACAGAUUUACCAAGCUUACCAGUAGAAAUACUGUUUAUGCUCUAGAAUUCUCUGGUUUGUGGUAAAGUCCUAUUUGUAAAAAUGAUUUUCUAGAACCUUCUUGGCAAAUAACCCCCUUUAGCUGCUUUUCCAGUGCAUUUCCAGCUGUAACAUGACCCUUAUGUAAUGUAAGAAUAUCAGUGAGACAGUUUAAAGAUAUCUAUACAUUUCAUGAUUCAAUUCAGAGAACAAUUUUCCAUGACUGUAGUUUAAACUACAGAGAAAAGUCAAUGAAACAACUUUCUACCUUAAUUUGAUGCCAGGAGUUUUCACUAGCCCCAAACUUCUUGGCAACUCUGUAUGUAGGAAAUAUCUAGCUAUUUAUGUAGAUAGGUAAGUUUUCUCCUAUGGAUAAUAACAUAAAAAAGCUCAUUUGUGUUUUUUGUCUUGAUGCUGGGAAUACAAGGGAGGGAUUAAUAGGUUCUUAGUGACAGUCCUUUAUUAUAAUAGGAUAAUAUAAUGGGUGAUAGAGCCCAGCAGGUGUAUGUACCUAAUACAUUUCUUCCCUAUUUUCUAGUUACCAAAAAUGUCUGUUUAGCUUUAGGAAGAGGGAAUUUUAUUAGAUUAUCAAGCUUUAUAAAGCUUACUUAUACUUGGGCUUGCCCAAGUAUACACUUACUCCAAAUUAUGGUCUGGCUUGGAGAAGGUGGAAUUAUAGGUACCUGUUAAACUUUAUAAAUAGACAUUAACGUUAAGUGUAAAGUGAAAGACCUCUCAUCCAAAACUGCUUCUCAAAAUUUCUCAUUAUUCCCUAAGAAGCAUUCUAAGGAAUUAUUCUCUGUCCAGUUCAACAGAAAGAUUGUUCAUAUACAUGAUCAUCACUUUGAAGUUCUUUCUACUAGUAGGUUGGAGACAUAUGUAUUAAAGGUCUUACAUAUAUUUAGGUUUACCUAGCUGAUUCCAGGAUUUCAUGUGUAUAUCCCUGCUUUCCUCUUUUCUUUAGUAAAAUCAUUUGGUAUAUUGUUAUAGGUAUCAGCAGCUUAUUUAGAUAGAAAACCUUUGGUAAGCACUAAAGUCUCAGGUAGCAUUCACAUCCAAAAUACUUUUUAUUUUCCCACAAGGGUACUUUAUAACAUAAACACAUGCAUGCAUUAAGAAAAGCUUAUAUAGUGCAGACAGACAACUCUGUGUCCCUUUCUUUGGGGUAUCCUAAUCUGAAGGGUCACAAAUGCCUGGUUAGGAUCUGUAAAAUGUCAAAGAAUGAAGUAUAAAGAUAAUUUGACUAUUUAAGCUCUAACUCAUGUGUCCUUAAUAUUUCUAGCUACAGAGAAUCUGCAUUUUGGUCCAAAAAAGAUACACAAAAUGCUCCUGUACUUUCUCAUUAUUGCCUGGUGCCAACCUAAAAUGGCACUGUAAAGGAGACAAUUUGUACUGCUGUGGCAGAGAUGUAAUGUCAAGACAAUCAGUGUUUGGACUUAAUAGUUACAGAUAAUCCCUGAAAGUAGGUCAUUGUAAAUAUGCUUAUUUCCUAGGUAAUAACAUUGUUUUAAAAAGAAUAUAUUAAUAAAGUACCUUGAUUUUUGCUU